UAUGUCUUCUUUUCAUUCAGCUUAAGUCAUAGUACAAGUUGUUUCCCAAAAACCUCCAAUUGUCACUAUUUCCCUCAAUGAGCAAAGCUUCAAUUGGAAGCUUGAAAUAAAAACUCAAAAUCAUCCAAUUCAUUUAUUCUCUCUUGCGAAAGUCAUGAAGAUUAACCCACCAAAAAUUAAUUUGACCCACUGGUUUGAUUUAGUUGCUUUGUUCUCAUCCAUGGCGUCAAUGGUGAAAAAUCAAUGUGAAGAGGGCAUGCAAAACCUUGAAUGAGAUAAAUAUGAAUUUUGAAAUUUCACAGGUAUUUUAUCAAAACCGGAUAUCAAGGGAUUUCUAUAUAUAUAUAUAUAUAUUUAAAUCUGUUUAUAUUAUCUGAUUUAUAGAUAUUAAUUUUUAUAAUUUUUUUUCCACAAAACAUGGUUAUUAUUUUUUAAAAUCAGUUAUUUUCACAAAAAAUUAAUAGAUAAUAUUGUAGCAUUUAAUUUUUUUUUUUUAAAAAAUUUACAGCGAUGAAUCUGGAGUUCUACCGCAAUUUCUGGGAGAAUUUUACUGAUUUCUGUCAUUUUGUUUUUUUAAAAAAAGUUAUUUAUAUAAAUAGCGUUUUGUCAAUUUUUUUAAAGUUAAUUUACAUUGCUUGCGUUUUGUUUGUUGCAAAUCGCGUUUCAAACCGAGAUCACAAUGUACAAGGUGGUCUCGGGUCUACCUACAAAUUUGCGCCGCGCCACGCCACGCCAAAAGAAAGAAGGAAAUUACCCCCUUUUCUUUAGUUUUCCCCUUCAUCCUCCCUCUCACUCUCAGCCCACCGAUCUCACAAAUCAUCGGCGGCCACAUUGUCUCUCUCGUCGGAAUACGUGAAAAUUGAAGUUGAUCAUCAGCCACACCAUGAAUCCUCUGAGCAAAAUUAAGUUCACAAAACAGCCUUACAUCGAAGAAGAUGACACUCGUCAAAUAGAAAGCAUCGAUUUUUCGAUGUUUUCGGCAUCGGAGAUGAGUAAGAUUGCAGAAGUUGAAGUGUUUCGUGGCGUUUACUAUGACAGGAACAAAAAGCCGGAGAAUAACGGUCUUUUGGACCCCAAAAUGGGGCCUCCAAACAAAAGUGCUGGUCUUUGUGCUACCUGUCAUGCAAAAUUUGAAGAUUGUCCAGGCCAUUACGGAUAUUUACCUCUUGCAUUACCUGUUUUCAACAUUGGAUAUAUCAACGCCAUACGUGAUAUUUUAAAGUGUAUUUGCAAGUCUUGUUCACGUAUUCUGUUAUCAGAAGAAGUUUGUCGUGAAUAUUUGAAGACGAUGAGGAAGCUAGAUAGAUUGCACAAGAUUGAUCUGACAAAGAAGAUUAUGAAGAUGUUUGCCAACAAAAAAGAAAUAUUGUGCUUCAGAUGUGGAUACGUGAAUGGAAAAGUGAAGAAGGGUGGAUCUCAAUUGGCGAUAGUUCAUACUUUGCCAAACCAAGUUUGUUUAUACUUGCAGGACUGCGAGCUACUCUAUCUUGCUGAUCGACCUGAGAAGCUUAUAUUUACUAAUAUGUUAGUUCCUCCAAUGGCCCUUCGUCCUUCAGUUUUCAUGGAUGGAGGAACGCAAAGCAAUGAAAAUGACAUUACUGAGAGGUUAAAGAGAAUUAUUCAAGCCAAUAGUUGCCUUCGGCACAAAAUGGAAGAAUCAUGUAACUCACUCAGAUUUUUGGAUGACUGGAAUUACCUUCAAGUUGAAGUUACUCAAUACAUAAACAGUGAAGUUCGUGUUGCUUCACAAGGUCCGCAACCUACAAAGCCAUUGGCCGGGUUUGUUCAACGCUUAAAGGGAAAGCAUGGACGUUUCCGCGGGCACUUGUCAGGGAAGCGUGUUGAGUUCACUGGAAGGACUGUCAUAUCUCCUGAUCCAAAUCUGAAAAUUACAGAGGUUGCAGUUCCACUACUAAUGGCGACAGUCUUGACGUAUCCUGAACAUGUUAACCAUCAAAAUAUAGAAAAGUUGAAGCAGUAUGUGCAGAAUGGGUCAAAGAAGUAUCCAGGUGCAAAGUUUGUAGUAGAGUCAAAUGGUGAUCGGAGGGAUUUGUCAUUUGGUAACCGGAAAACGAUAGCUGAUGGACUGAAGUUCGGCUCUAUAGUUCAUCGUUACUUAGAAGAUGGCGAUGUUCUUCUAUUCAAUAGACAACCAAGCUUGCAUCGGAUGUCUAUGAUGUGCCAUAAAGCUAGAAUAAUGCCAUGGAGAACAUUGAGAUUCAAUGAAUCUGUUUGCAAUCCGUACAAUGCUGAUUUUGAUGGUGAUGAAAUGAACAUUCAUGUUCCACAGACUGAAGAGGCUCGGGCAGAGGCUUUGAUGUUGAUGGGGGUGCAAAACAACCUAUGCACUCCUAAAAAUGGUACCCUUUUGGUUGCUUCGACUCAGGACUUUUUGACGUCGUCAUUUCUAAUUACGAGGAAGGACACUUUUUAUGACCGCGCAGCCUUUUCUCUUAUGUGUUGUUACAUGGGAGAUGGAAUGGACGCGAUUGAUCUACCAACACCAGCAUUGAUCAAGCCAAUUGAGCUCUGGACGGGUAAACAGUUGUUUAAUGUUUUGGUGCGUCCGAAUGCAGAAAUCAGAGUAUUUGUUAAUCUCAUUGUAAAAGAGAAGAUUUAUACCAAACUUGAAAACCGCAAGCUAGCUUGUAGGGAGGAAACCAUGUGUCCUAAUGAUGGUUUUGUUUAUAUACGCAACAGUGAGUUAAUAUCUGGGCAGCUUGGAAAAGCUACCCUAGGGAAUGGCAAUAAAGUUGGCCUUUUCUCUGUUCUUGUUCGAGACUAUAAUGCUCAGGCUGCUGCUGCUUGCAUGAAUCGGUUGGCGAAAUUUAGUGCUAGGUGGAUAGGUAAUCAUGGGUUUUCAAUCGGCAUCGAUGAUGUCCAACCUGGGAAACUUCUGUCUGAGCAGAAGACGGAAAAAAUAUUGAUAGGCUACAAAGAAUGUGAUACAUUAAUCCAGUCCUACAAUGAGGGAAAGCUAACUCUCAGGUCUGGCUGUGAUGCAUCCAAAACUCUAGAGGCUGAAAUAACAACAAAUUUGAAUAGAAUUCGUGAAGAAGCAGGGGAGGUUUGUAUGCAACAACUCCACUGGAGAAAUAGUCCCUUGGUAAUGUCACAAUGUGGUUCAAAAGGAUCACCAAUAAACAUUAGCCAGAUGGUUGCAUGUGUUGGUCAGCAAGCAGUCGGAGGCUGUCGAGCACCAGAUGGCUUCAUUAAUCGCAGUUUACCACAUUUUCCUAUAAACUCAAAGACCCCCACGGCGAAGGGAUUUGUUGCCAAUUCAUUCUACACUGGCUUGACAGCCACAGAAUUCUUUUUCCAUACAAUGGGAGGACGAGAAGGCCUUGUAGAUACAGCUGUAAAAACUGCUGCUACUGGUUAUAUGUCACGUAGACUUAUUAAAUGCUUAGAGGAUCUAUCUGUGCAAUAUGACAUGACUGUACGGAAUUCCAGUGGAUGUAUCAUUCAGUUUCUUUAUGGUGAUGAUGCAAUGGAUCCAACUCAAAUGGAAGGGGCCAAAGGAUUUCCUCUGGAUUUUGAGAGAUUGCACUUGAAAGUUGAGGCUACUUGUCCUGCUGGAAGAACUGAGAAAUUGUCUCCUUCAGAGAUUUCUGAAUUUAUAAAUAGCAGGCUUUCAAAAGAUGAAGUAACUUCUUGUAAUUUUGGGUAUGAAGCUUUCAAGAAGAAGUUGUUGGAGUUCUUCGGAAAAAGAAGAUGUCAUGUUUCUAUCAAGCAGCUACAGGUGUUUCUAGAUGCCUGUAUCUCUCGUCUCCACUCAAAAGGGAUUGAACCCGGAACUGGAAUAGGAGCAAUUGGAGCUCAAAGUAUUGGGGAGCCAGGGACACAAAUGACAUUGAAAACUUUUCACUUUGCUGGAGUUGCCAGCAUGAAUGUCACCCUUGGAGUUCCACGUAUCAACGAAAUUAUAAAUGCGAGCAAAAAGAUAAGUUUUCCAAUUAUCAUGACAGAACUUGAGGAUGAUCUGAGUAUGGAGAUUGCACAAACUGUAAAAGGUCAAAUUGAGAAGACGGUUUUGGGUCAGGUUGCCAAGUGUAUACAGCUUAUAAUUGAAUCAGUUAAAGCAUCUAUAGUUGUUAAACUUGAUAUGGAGAAAAUCAAGUCUUCACGGCUGUUUAUAAAUGCUCAUAUUGUCAAGGAGAAAAUUUUAAAAUCUCUGAGAAUGCAAAAGAAUAACAAGCUGAUUGUUAUAGUUGUUAAUGAUUCAAAGUUGGUUGUCUCGGUGGAGACUCAAAAUAAAAAUGAUGCUCAUUUUGUACUUCACUGGGUGAAAAAUAAACUGCCCAUGGUUGUUAUCAAGGGUAUACCUACAGUUGAACGUGCAGUUAUUCCUAACGAGGACGAGAGAAACAAGAAGCUCAAUUUGAUUGUUGAAGGAACUGGUCUAAGGGAGGUGAUGGGAGUUCAUGGAAUCAAAGCAUGCAAGACAGAUAGCAAUCAUGUAAUUGAAGUGCAACAAACACUUGGAAUAGAGGCCGCGAGGAGUUGUAUCAUCAAAGAGAUAAAAAAAGUCAUGCAAAUCCAUUCAAUGGAUGUGGACACACGGCAUAUGAUGCUUCUUGCUGAUGUGAUGACAUCUAAGGGAGAGGUUUUGGGAGUGAACAGAUAUGGAAUAGCAAAGAUGAAAGAUAGUGUGUUGAUGCUGGCAUCAUUUGAGAAGACUGACUAUCAUCUCUUUAAUGGUUCUUUAAAUGGGAGGAAGGAUAAGAUCGAAGGAGUUGGUGAACGUAUCAUCAUGGGGGUACCAACGGAGAUUGGCACUGGAAUUAUCAAAGUUAGACAGAGAACCGAUACUCUGACAACUCUAAAAUCUGGACGAGCUCUGCUAGUAUCUUGACUAAACCAGUUGGAGUCUGACAAUCAUCGAGGAAACAACAUUAACUUGCCACUGGGGACUAACAGGUCAUAGGUACUAAUUCAUUGGUUUUAUUGGUAAUCUUGGUUCUCUAGAGCGUUUUAAAUCCAUAUGCCUUGUUUGAUCUGUAUAGAACUUAUAAACAUUUUAUGCUUUUUUGGUCGACCAUCUUAUCAUUCGGGCUUCGUUGCAUGGUUGCUUGAUAAUUUCCAGAAAUGGUUUUUCUUUUUAUACUUCAGUCAUAUGUGAAGCAAAGCCAAUCAGGCAAUCACCUAAUCUAAUCUAUAAAUCAGUGGAGAAAAAUCUCUUUUUGUUUGUCA